AUGGAUAUACGACCAAAUAAAUCAAGAUGCCAAACAGAUUACUCCAAUACAUUUGAUGAUAUGCAGGGUUUAGAAAAUAUGUAUAGCAUGAUUAGGAUAAUAGGUGAAGGAACAUACGGCAUUGUUUGGGAAGGUAUGAGAAAAGAUACUGGGAUGAUGGUUGCACUAAAAAAAAUAAGAUUUGAUAGUGAUGAUAUAUUAGAUGAAGUCGGAUUACCCUCUACUGCUAUAAGAGAAAUUGUAUUAUUAAGGGAACUUAAACAUAACAAUAUAGUCGGUUUAUUAGAAGUAGCCUGUACUGGGAUGCAACUAUGGCUUAUAUUUGAAUAUUGUGAAACAGAUUUAAGGAGAUACUUAAGAUUAAAUAGAAAAAAAGGUAUAUCAAUAAGUCAAGUGAAAUCUUUAUUAUAUCAAUUACUAAGUGGACUAGCAUAUUGUCAUGGACGUCGUAUAUUACAUAGAGACUUAAAACCUCAAAAUCUACUUUUGAGUGAUUCUGGGAAUGUGUUAAAAAUAGCAGAUUUUGGUUUAGCAAGAAGUUUCACACCACCAUUAAAGCCAAAUACACAUGAAGUUGUAACAUUAUGGUAUAGGGCACCUGAAUUACUUUUAGGGCAAAGAUGUUACAGUUGUAGUGUAGAUAUAUGGAGUGUUGGCUGCAUAAUGAUUGAAAUGCUCUCAGGCAAACCAGUAUUUCCUGGAGAUAGUGAAAUUGAUACAUUAUUUUAUAUAUUUAGACUAUUAGGUACACCAAGUGAAACAAUAUGGCCUGGAGUAAGCAAAUUACCUUGUUAUAAAAAUGUAUUUCCUCAAUGGAAAGUUAAUCCCAAACUUAAUCUUCACUCAUUACUUCCUAAUUUAGAUCAGAUUGGUAUUGAUCUUUUAUUAAAAUUUCUUCAAUAUUCUCCGCAAAAGAGAAUAUCAGCAUAUGAAGCUUUGCAUCACGCAUGGUUUUCAACAAGUGAAUGA